AUGGUGAAAGGGGAGGCGUUUCCAGGCUUCCUGGUACUGGCUAUGGCCAACAGACAGCAGACGGCAACCCUGGAACAGCUGCUGACGGAGCUGGAGGACUUCCUGAAGGUGCUUGAUCAGGAGGACCUGAGUAGCACUGCGGCGGUGAAGAAGAGCUGCCUGGCCGAGCUCCUCCGUCUUUACGCCAAAGGCAGCAAUUCUGAUGAGGAAUACAUUUACAUGAACAAAGUGACGGUCCACAAGCAACAGAAUGCCGAGUCCCAGGACAAAGCCUCUGAGGAGAAGAGCCCACUGAGCAACGGGGAGCCCGGCCAGCACUCCUCAGCCCCCCAGAAGAGUCUGCCUGACCUUCCACCACCCAAGCUUAUUCCAGAGCGGAAGCAACUCCCUAUUCCAAAGAUUGACUCUCCAGAGGGAUACUAUGAAGAGGCAGAGCCUUAUGACACGUCUCUAAAUGAGGACGGAGAGGCCGUGAGCAGCUCCUAUGAGUCCUAUGAUGAAGAGGAAAACAGCAAGGGCAAGUCAGCCCCCUACCAGUGGCCCUCGCCCGAGGCCAGCAUCGAGCUGAUGCGUGAAGCCCGCAUCUGUGCCUUCCUGUGGCGUAAGAAGUGGCUGGGACAGUGGGCCAAGCAGCUCUGCGUCAUCAAGGACACCAGACUCCUGUGCUACAAAUCCUCCAAGGACCACAGCCCACAGCUGGACGUGAACUUGCUGGGCAGCAGUGUCGUCCACAAGGAGAAGCAGGUGCGGAAGAAGGAGCACAAGCUGAAGAUCACGCCGCUGAAUGCCGACGUGAUCGUGCUGGGGCUGCAGAGCAAGGACCAGGCUGAGCAGUGGCUCCGGGUCAUCCAGGAGGUAAGCGGCCUGCCUUCUGAGGGCAUGUCAGAGGGGUACCCAUGCGUCCCAGAUGCCCAGCGCCUCAACUGUCAGAAACUGGACAUUGCUGAGAAGUACCUGCCAGCCUCUGAGUAUGGAGGCCCCGUGGAUGGACACACUGAGGUCCCAGAGACCAAAGACGUCAAGAAGAAAUGUUCUGCUGGCCUCAAACUAAGCAACUUCAUGAACCUGGGCAGGAAGAAGUCCACCUCGCUGGAGCCUCCAGAGAAGUCCCUUGAGACAGCCAGCUACCUGAAUGUCCUGGUGAACAGCCAGUGGAGGCCACGCUGGUGCUUGGUCAAGGACAGCCACCUGCACUUCUACCAGGACCGGAACAGGAGCAAGGCUGCCCAGCAACCUCUUUGCUUGGUGGGCUGCGAGGUGGUGCCAGAUCCGAGCCCAGACCACCUCUACUCCUUCCGCAUCCUCCAGGACGGGGAGGAGCUGGUCAAACUUGAGGCCAAGUCUUCGGAGGAGAUGGGCCACUGGCUGGGCCUCCUGCUCUCUGAGUCAGGCUCCAAGACAAACCCAGAGGAGUUCACCUACGACUACGUGGAUGCAGACAGGGUUUCCUGCAUUGUGACUGCAGCCAAAAACUCUCUCCUACUGAUGCAGAGAAAGUUCUCAGAACCCAACACGUACAUCGAUGGUCUGCCCUGCCAGGACCGGCAGGAGGAGCUGUAUGAUGACGUGGAGAUGUCGGAGCUGACGGCAGCGGUGGACCCCGCUGAGGAAGACCCCCCAGGGAUAGAUGCUCAUAGUGCAAGCGAGCCUGACCGAGUGUACCUGGACCUCACACCUGUUAAGUCUCUCCUCCCUGGCCCUGCUGGUGCCCUGGCCUCCUCCCCAACCCUGCUCUGCUUGGACAGCCCGGCUGAGGCCUUCCCUGUGGACCCAGGGCCUGCCCCAGAUGAGCCCUGCAUGCAGGCUGCAGCGACCCCUGAGGAGCAGAGGCUGCAGGAGAGUCCAGAACCUGAGGAGCUCUCUCUGAGAAUCACCACUGUCAAGAUCCAGACUGAAGGGCAGAGAAUCUCCUUCCCUCAGAGCUGCCCUGACACUGUGACCCUGACCCCCACAGCUGCCAGCUCACCUGGGAGGGACAGGCUGCGGGCAGUCAGUACAGAGAUCAAACUUGGCAAGAACAGGACAGAAGUGGAGGUGAAACGGUACACAGAGGAGAAAGAGAAGCUUGAAAAGAAGAAGGAAGAAAUCCGGGGCCACCUGGCUCAGCUUCGGAAGGAGAAACGGGAGCUGAAAGAGACCCUGUUAAAGUGCACAGACAAGGGUGCCCUGGCUGGCCUAGAGCAAAAGCUGAGGGAGAUAGAGGAGGAGUGCAGGAGUGAGGAGCACAGACGGGUGGACUUGGAGCUCAACAUCAUGGAGGUGAAGGCCAACCUCAAGAAGGCUGAGGCUGGGCCCGUGACACUGGGGACCACUGUGGAUACCACUCACCUGGAGAGUGUCAACCCCCGUCCCAAAGCUGCCACCCCUGUCCCCGAGUGCACCCCAGUCAACUCAGCAACAGCCCUCAAGAACAGACCUCUUUCAGUUAUGGUCACAGGCAAAGGCACUGUCCUCCAGAAAGCCAAGGAAUGGGAGAAGAAGGGAGCAAGCUAG